AUGGCUGCUGUUGGUGGUGGAUUUUGUGGCCUGAAGAUGCGAACAAGAUUGAAAAUUUGGGGACUGUUACCCAUCGGUUUUCUCGCACUAAUGGUUUCAAGCGGGAGAGCAUUAGAUUGUUACUGUCUCGGGAGCUGCCCUGAUGGUUCCUACAAUGGCACAUGUUCUGCACCACCGGAAAGUGAUUGCUUCAGUGCUGUUGAGGAAGUCUUGAAUCCAGAGACAGGACUGUUGGAACCUGAGCGAACUUAUGGGUGCUUGCCUGCGGAAGAAAGCAGCCUACUGUGGUGCAAGGCUCAUCUUGUCCCACACAAAGUGCCGAAAUCGAUUGCUUGCUGCAGGAGUGGUGACCUCUGUAAUAAGUACCUGAAGCCUGUGUACCGUAUUGGGGUUGAGGAUGAGUAUGGACCUACUGUGUAUCUGUACAAGGACACUUAUCUUCAGAUUGUCAUCUUCAUUGCUGUCCUGGGUGUUGUGCUGUGCCUAGGCUUGAUUGGCUACAUAUUCUAUACAAGACACAAAAAGGCACUGGAGAGUCGCAGCUUUUUUGCAUCGGGGUGCCGUGAGCCUUUUCUUCCCAUUGAAGAGGGUGGGCCUUGCCUCAAAGAACUUAUUGAGCACUCCAUCACUUCUGGCAGUGGAUCAGGUUUGCCUCAGCUGGUUCAACGGACCAUUGCAAGGCAAAUACAAAUGGUUGAUAUCAUUGGAAAAGGACGCUAUGGUGAAGUCUGGAAAGCUCAUUGGCGAGGAGAAUAUGUUGCUGUCAAGGUGUUCUUUACAACGGAUGAGGCGAGCUGGCUACGAGAAACUGACAUUUACCAGACCAUGCUUCUGCGCCAUGACAAUAUCCUUGGCUUCAUUGCUUCUGACAUCAGAGGCACAGGCUCGUGGACACAAAUGUUGCUCAUCACAAACUACCAUGAGCGUGGCUCUCUGCAUGAUUACCUGUCCAGUCACGCCUUAGACCCUGAGGAUGCUGUGCGACUGGCUCACUCAGCUGCUUGCGGCCUGGCCCAUCUGCACAUUGAGAUCAUUGGCAAACAAGGAAAGCCAGCAAUUGCUCACCGGGACAUCAAGAGCAAGAAUAUCUUGGUGAAGAAAGAUGGCACUUGUGCCAUUGCAGACUUUGGCUUGGCAGUGAGAUUCAGCAGCGAGGCCAAUGAGUUGGACAUUGCUGUGAACCCCCGUGUAGGCACAAAGCGCUACAUGGCACCGGAGGUGCUUGAUGAGACUCUUGUCCCGAAUCGUUUCGAUUCCUACCGCAUGGCAGACAUGUAUUCCUUUGGCCUGGUGCUCUGGGAGAUUGCUCUGCGCUGCGUUGUGGAUGGUGCUGUGGAGGAAUACUGCAUUCCCUACCAUGAUGUGGUCCCCUCAGACCCAAGCUUUGAGGACAUGCGUAAAGUGGUGUGUGUGGACAAUGCAAGACCACAGAUACCCAAGCGCUGGAGCACAGGUGGUUCGGUAACACAGUGCCUGUCCAAGCUAAUGCAGGAAUGCUGGCACCAGAGACCUGGUGUUAGGCUAACAGCCCUGCGCGUAAAGAAGUCACUGGCUAGGCUGGUGGUGGAUUCCAGUUACAUUGGAGGGAAGAUGGUGUGACACCUCAGUAUAUUGUGCGACUGGAGUACCAGCCUGGAUGUGCAGUACAACAACAGGUCCUGGAGGUCAUGUUGUCUGCCGCUGUUGUUAGAUGAGCAGGCUCAGCUACUGUAAACCCUAUUGUUGCAUCACCGUAAGAUGUCUGCAAUUGCAUUGCUGCAGCCAAAAAGGCCUGAAAUUACUGUGGCAAGCAGGUCAGCCAUUUGUAGUAGUGAGUUCGUGAAAAGCAAUCUGCGUUGACACAGGCUAGUGGACAUGACCUGCAGUGCCUGCCCAUUGGAAGUAACGCACUUUUGCUGUCAAUCCCUUUCGUCACUCCGGCUACAUGUGUGGAAUUGAUUGAGCUGCGAUGUUGAAACUGAAUGGCAUGAAUGGUGGUUCCUCGGUUGUGACCAUGCUUCAGUCACUUGGCAUUGACAUUUUUUCCCCCAAUUACUAAAGUGUUAGUGAUUUAGUGCCUUUUUGCUCACACCAGUCCUGAAAUCGAAAGCCACCUGUGGGCAGCUUCUUCAUCUCACCAUGAGUGAGUUACGUGCAAGCUCUCUUACCUAAGGAAAUGUGUAUCGCAGGGACACAUUGACAUCAGUAACUGCUAUGGGCAGUCCUCUUCUUGCGUGGGCUUUGUUUCUCUAAGUGCCAUUUUAUACAGCUUUUGUUGUUGCCUAGCUUUUGUCUGGCUGCUUUUUGUUAUAUUACGAAGCAUAAAAUAGCACUGACAUCAUUGGUGGAUUUUUUAUUUCAUCAGUUUUUUGUUUUGCUCUAUGUGUACAUUUAAUCAGCUCUUUUAAAGGUUUGCAGCAUUCUAAAGGUCACAACAGUCAUUAGAUGGCUUGCAACACGUGGACAGAAGUACUCUAAGUUGUAUGCAAAAUGAAAGCUGUUCAUACAUUCAUACAAAAGCAGUAAGCAAAAAUUGCAUGUUUUUUUUUUUUUCUGCGCAACUACUGCAUGCAAGCUCACAUUUGCCUUACCAUACUGAUUCAACAGCAUAACCACUGCAAAGUAAUGCUUCAGCAUUUUAGUACAGUUUGUAAAGCAUAAUUAGUGUUUUUAUAUGUAUUUUGAUGUCCCCUAGGAUUUAAAAUAAAGUCUAUGCAGGUAAGAGAAUUCAUUAUGACAUAAACGAGCUGAGUACAUAACCACUGAGCUUAUCAACGUACUUUCCUUUUUUCAUGCUGUUGCAGCUGUUGAAUACAUACGUUCCUUGUUUUCAAAGUGAUUGUAAACGAAAGUCAGUUAGUUUCAAGCCUCCCACAUCAUAAUGUGACAGCAGGGAAUAUACUGUUUACCAUUGAAGCCAUUGCUAUACAGUAUGUCUGAAAAGGUCUUGAAGAUCUACACUAUUACUUCAUGUGAUAAAUUUUAGGGCAAAUAAUGACGAAUAUGAAAUCUCGUAUAUUUUACUAUCAUCUUUCAACUGCUUACCUAGUAGCGCUACGUAUGCAGUUUCGAACCUUGUUCUUUUGUUAGUGCUUCAGCAGAGACAUUGAAAAAUUGGCUUGAUUGAUGAUCAGAAAUAAUGACAACUGAUGACGGUAAUUAUUAAAAAAAAAAAGAAAAGCUUGUGCAUGCUGCAAAAGCAGGCACAAGAGCCUUGUCUCCAACAUGCUUCUGCUGCCUUAAUAACUGCAGCAGAUGCGUACAGAGUGUAAAAUAUCAUGUGCUUGUGAAGCAGUCAUCCCCCUGACUGCUUAAGUGCACUUCAAGGUGGUAGUGAUUAGCCUCCAAGUCCCUACAGGCUUUAUUUUAAUGUUUGUCGCCACAACGGCUACUGAUUUACUCUUGGCACAUUCUUUAGUGCACUGUACUAAGACAUGGUGCAUCACUCUGUGCAUCAUAUUCAUUAUAAGUCCUAAACAUGCAAGAACAUCAGAAUUAAUUGCUUAAUGGCUUGAUUAAGCUGCUACUUCCCUCUUUAAAACAAUGCAAAUGAAGGAAUGUUUUCCUAGCUUUGUAUUGGCAGCAGUGUUAUUUUUUCAGUGACAUAUGAAGUGUUCUUUAGACUUUGUACUCGCAGUUCUUAUUGCUUUUCACUGCUUUGUCACACAUCAGCCUUCAUACAUUUUUCUCAUCUGAACGUAACAGAGUACAACCUUUUCUUGUGAAUAUGUAAAAAGUGAUAUGUAACAGUUGAUGUGUGGAUGUCCAGUUAAUUAACUUGAACAUUGCUGUUCUAGUUAAUGUACAUACAUUUACUUUUCUGAAUAUUGUGCCAAAAUGUAAUAUGAACUUGUAUAUAUAAAUAUGUAUAUAUAUGAUGCUAGACAUAGUCAUCACCAGCUUUUUCGUUAAGUGGUUUGGUGGUAGCACGACAAUGCAAGCUAUGAAUUAUUUUCAAUUGCACCACUGAAUCAGCACUGUGACACUCCCCCCUUCCCCUUUAUUUCUUAAAUCAAAUUUAGUUGCAUCAGUUGUGUCAUUUCUAAGUUUAUUGAGGUGCUGCGAUCUACAGUCGUGUUUGAUAUGAGCUGCAACACGGUGUCCAUGGUUGAAGGAGCUCCAAGACUGCAUGGCAUUUGCAACAUACAAAAAGCUGGUUUAAUAAAUAUCGGGGAUUAGCAUACCAGUGUUCUCCGAUUUUGCAUAUGUUGGCAGAGAUGUACAAUCUUGGGACCCCUUCGACCAUGGGCACCGUGUUGCAACUCAUAUUGAAUGCAACUGUAUGUGAGCAUGAGGCAGAAAAAUAAGUAAAUGUUCUCAUUCACGAGGAAAAAGCUUGGGGAGUAGCUAUGUGCAGCAAAUAUGUGAUGUGCAGACUUGCUGGUGAGGCCAAUCCUGGUAAGUAACAGUAUCUGUCCGGUUAUCACACAGAGGAAUAAACUGCAUUAAUGUGGCUUCCAUAACUUGUUUGCACCACUGCAAAUUGUGUACCUUUGUCAUACUUGAUGUACUUUUAUUUUAUGGCUGACCAGCAUGCUUGUUUUUUCCGUGCUUUGCCUUAUAAGUGCUGCAGUCGUAGUUUUUUUUUGUGUGUGUGCGUAGUAUGCAUGCCACUGGUCUGCUGGUAAAGAUAACCAUGGGAACUGGUGCCCCCACCCCAUUCUUCCAACAUUUGUGUCGCUCAUGAGUACCAAAAUAUGUGUAUAAGUCGAUGUAGGCUUUAUAGACCACAUAAGCAUAGCUAAAUAUCCUGCGUAACAAGAACUAUAUGUUCUUUGUGAAAUCAUGACUUUAUUGAUACUGUAGCCUGUGCCUUCUGGUGAACGUAGCCCAGUUCUUGGUGCUAAAAUUCUUCACAGACUAUGCUGCAUCGUGUCAUUACGGUCCUUUGAGUGGCCGACUUGCACAUUGUCAGCACAGUAAUCAGCAGCCAAAGCUGAUAGCUAUCAUUGCUUUGAGCAGUACCUGUAUCAACCCACCUCAGACAUUUUCUUUUUUUAAAAGCAUAAUAUGGGGCCUUAGGUGGCACUAUAUGGCAGUUCAGCCCUAUUGAAUUAACAUAGACUACCCUUUGAGUGUGUUGCAGUUGGAAAAUUAUUGCCUUUUCGUCCAUAGUUACACUCAACACAGUUCUUUCUUCUCCAUCUUGGGCCAUUUCAGUUUGUCUUUUAUAGCUGCCUGGCAGCUGUUGCUGCUUAAUGUGCAUGUUUUUGUAUAGCUGUGUUGUUCACCUUCAUUUAUACCUGCAUUAAGUUUACUAAUGUCCCAACCAACAGGUCUUUACUUAUUGUCAUGUAUGCAUUGUAUUCAUAUUUUUAUCUCGUUAUCUUGUGGCUGCCGCAUUUAUUAUUUUAUGGUGCAUAUAAAUGAAAUUGACUAUGCUGAAGGAGUCCGAUACCACGAGGCAAUGUUUCUCGAAAUCCAGUGGCCAAAUUGUUAUUUGAAAUGUUUAUUUUUAUUUUUAUUCAAUUUUAUUUUGUCUGACCACAGGAAUUUUGUGUAAUUUAUUCUUUCUUGUGGGGUUAAUGUAAAGGUUUCACGCUGUGGCACAUGAUGCCAAAGCUUGUUGUAUGUGCUCCUGACAUUGUAACUCUUAUGUAUUGGUGCAAGUAGAUCAGGAACCUUUUGCCUGCACAGUGUUUUCUUCAUGCAACAAACAGGCCAUUUUCCAACCAUGUUUCAGUACCUAUUGGACCCCUUCAGUCUCUGGUGCUUUUCACUGCUGCUUGCCUUGUUUUAAUAUGCCUUUGCAUUUCUCACUUGGUGAUUGUGGACAGCUGACAAUCUCUCAUUCACAGCCAAUUGGGGUAUGCUGGUUGUGCCUUGCUGUGCUGCUUUCUAUUUGCAAGCUUAGUGGAGGAUUGCAGGACGAUUACUCAGCCCACGCUGCCUUUGGUGCACACAUAUGGCCUGAAGAGAUUUUGUAAUUGUGUGCACGCAUUUUAGCAACUUCUCUACAGCUUCUUUUGGGCUGGAAGAGUUCCUAAUAGUGCUUUUUUAAUGUGCAGGUAGACCAAUUCAGGUGUCAUAAUGAUAUUUAUGUAUGUUUGUUAUGCCUGUUGUUUUCUCGUGUGCCAUCAAGUAUUUUUAUUCAGCAGCUUGCAUGAUGCACUUUCAAUGCCCAGAAUUGCCAGGUACAGUUUUGAAACUGCAUAAGGAUGCGUGUGCUGGUUGCCCAAUGCAAACGGCAAGCACAGCAAUUUAUGCCACAGCACAUGAUCCCCCCCCCCCCUCCUUUUUUUCCCUUGUGCUUGGUGUUCUGAGGCUUUGUUAUGUGUCAUGUGGGGUUAUAUAUACUACUUCUAAUUUUGUAUCGAAUGUGAUCAGUUUGUGGUAUUGAGUUGUACUUUCACCUCCUCAAUGGUAAGCAACCUGACAUUUUUGUGUGUUCAAGAUGCUAUGCUGCGAUGCACAAUAAGCUAUAAUGUGCCCUAUCAAAAAUUAGGUGCCCUUUGUGACUCUUUCCUGUUUAUUAACUGUGUGACACAGGGAGCUGAGUGUGUGUCUACAUUUUAGUAGCACAGUCAGGUGUGUGCUGCAUUUAGGGUUCAAUAUUUUUGGAAAAUCUUUUUUUGUUUUUGCUUUCAAGUUAGGUAUUUUUAGUUGAAUGACCGUUUAUAUGCUUGUUUAAUAGUACUUUGGCACUAAGUGCAAUAUCACGAGCCGGUAUAACAUAGACAGUAUGCCUAAGUAAUAACUUUGUGUUAUCCCUUUACUGCAAAAAGCAUUGUUUCUGUUGUAACCAGUUUAUUAUUAAAAUGAGUGCUAAUGUAUCCUUAUGUGUUAAUGCAUGCUUAUUGUGUACUGUCCUUAUGAAACUUGGAAAUUAAUUGCUUUAUAGUGUACACAUUUGCUUUGUGUUUGGUGCCAUAAUGACUUUGGGAACUAAUCUUUAUGUAUCGUAACAACUUUCACUAAUGGGUUCACCUAUUUUUGGGGUCUUUUUAGUUUAAAGAAAAAAUUCCUCCUGUGGAUAGUGCAUUGUCUAAUGCUAUUCAUAUUUGGCCAUCUUCGUUGCUGUAAUAUUUCAGUUUCCCAAACAUUUUGUUCGAGUCAUUGGGUGUGGGAUAAAUAUUAUUACCUUAUGUGUUGGCUGAAGGUGCAUUCACUGAGAAAUCUGUGUACUGUAUAAUUCUGCAGUUUCAUACCAUUGAGGAUAUGGAAAUGAACUCCAAGUCAUAAGUCUGUGCAACAUUGAUGUAAUCUUGUAAGAAAAGUAAAUGUACAUUUAUGCUGAUGCA